CCAGCAACAAACUCGAUCAAGUCGCUUGUGCGUGGCCAUGGAAAAGGACGGCGACGUGGUCGUCGACACCCCGAUCGAUGCGACCGACAACAACCACAGUGACGAGCUCAACCUCGAGGUGACACCCGAGUUUGCACCGCGCUUGGAACUGCUGCAUCAGCUGCAAGCGUCCGAAGAAGACGCUGCCAAAGGCGCCCAGCUCUGCGCAGCGUCCAAAGAAGGUGCCAUCGACACCGUGCGCAAGCUCGUGCUCGAGAAUGCACCCGUCGGGUUCGUGACGACGUCGGGCUGGACGCCGCUGGCGUUUGCGUGCUUCAACGGACGCCUCGAGGUGGUGCAGUACUUUCUCGAGCUGGGGGCUGCCGACAAUUACAAGCCGACGCCAAGUAUAACGGGUGAAAAAUGCAAGCCGGCGCAGGUCAACACGCCACUGCACUGGGCCAUCUACAAGGGCCAUCCGAUGGUCGUGUAUACGCUCGUGACGUGGGGCUUCUCGAUAGAAGAUGCUGACUCGUGCGGCAACCGCGCGUUGCAUCUUGCUUGCUCGAAUGGCACGUUCACCAUCAUCGAAAUCAUCUUGUCGCAUGCCCCCGACCUCGCGGCCAAGAACGUAUAUGGCAACACGCCCAUGGACCUCACGACGGACGGCGCGGUCCGCAAGCUCCUCAAAAAGAUGCAAACGCAAACCAUGUGCGACGAGUGCCACGACGUGUUUUCGCGCAGCCGCCGCGCGACGCUGUGUCAGCAGUGCCACAACCUUGUCUGCAAUGUCGGCUCGUGCUCGUCGAGCCUCGAGAUUCCGUGGGGGACGGUCGACAAGAGCGUUCACAGCGUGCGCUACUGCCAUGCGUGCGUCCAGGCGCUGGCGCAGGUUGAGGCCGACCUCGAGCAGGUGCUAACGACGAAGCGCUUGGCAGUCGCCGAAGCAAUGGCACCGCUUGCUGCGCUCGAGGCAUCGUUGGCCACCUUUACGCCUGCCCCCAAACCAGGGACACCGACCGAGACGGAGGCGCUGGGGGGCGUCGAGCAGCCGCCGCCGACACCAAUUUCAAAAGGCUCGCUCGUCAAGCAGCUGCUUGCGCUGCUCUUGAGUCUCGAAAGCAACAACGCCGAUGUCGAAGCGCUCCAGACUGCGAUCGUCGCCGCGUCGGAAAAGAAGGCAAAUGCGUGGCUGCUCCAAGAGGCCCGCGCCACGUACGAACAGCACAUUGCGCACAUUCAGCUCAUCCAAGAGAUCAAAGCCGCCUUGGCGACCCGACCGAUCAGCACGCGGUCGCUGGUCGCGGCGCUCCGCCGAGUGUGGCGCCAAGCGCAGGUCGAGGGCGUCGAAGGCGCGCUGGUGCAAGCUGCACAGCGUGUCAUCGUGUUGGCCGAGUCGGAAGCGAGCUUGUACGGCGCGUACAUGCUUUGCGCACGCAUCCAGGUCGGGUCGGCGCAGUUCAGCAACGACUUUGUGCGCCUGAACCACUGCUUGACCAUGGUCGAAGACUAUGGCGUGAGCGACACCCUCAUGCGAAACGCGUGGGGCUUGCGCGACCGGCUGAGCGCCGAGAUGACGCUCGAAGCGGCCUUGUUUCCGUUUGAAGAGCGCAUGGACGGGCUCACCAACCAAUCGCAGUACGUCUUUCACGACGGCAAGAUCGCAGCCAGUCUCUUGGAGGCCCUCACGCUCCGGAACCACACGCUCACGGUCGCCGUGGAAGUCGCUGCCAAGGUCGAGGAGGCGACACCCGUCGCGUCGCACCUCGUGGAGAAGGCCAAGGAGUGUCUCGUCAAACUCAAAAAGGACAUCAAAGAAGAGCAAAAGAGAGAAGACGAACGUCGACGCAUUGCCGAAGAAGAGGCGCUCAAGGCCGCCAAGAAGGGCAAGAAGGGCAAGAAGGGCGGCAAAAAAUAAGAGAUGCGUUCCACGGUGUACAGUCUCGGACCUUAUCGUCGCUGCAUUUACCUUUCAUCGUGCUGCAGCGUCGAUGCAUUCAAUGAAGUGGGUGUUGGAGGCUCCUUGAUGACCGCCGAGCGUCUGGUACAUUUUGUACUUGGAUCCUGGCGACUUCGUAUUGGAGCUUGUCGAAUAAGAGCUUAUAGUGCGCUGGCACACGCG